AAAACGCGAAGGCCAACAACGCUCUCCCUGAAUUCUCUGGAGGGCAAUUCCGUCAUUUGAAUAUUUCGGUAGUAAAAGGUCCUUUUUAAGACAAAGAAAAUAAAUAAAUAUUUGCACAAACGCUGAAAGGCAACAACAUUUGUGGUUCUGCCUGCAAAUUUUCUUCCCUCAAUCUAAAUUCCUCAGGUGGUGUUCCUGUUCCCCAAAGCACCCCUGAGAUUCAUUGCGGAAAGCUUGAAAACAAAAUAAAUAAAAGUUUCCAGUCUUAGAUUUCUUUUCGGUUUUUUCUUCUUUUCAUCUUCCAAUGGCGUCCGAUGCCUUCACCGACAAGAACAUUGUCUUCAGGAAACUCAAGGCCAAGUCUGAAAAUAAGAUGUGUUUCGAUUGCAAUGCGAAGAACCCUACCUGGGCGUCCGUCACGUAUGGGAUCUUCCUCUGCAUCGAUUGCUCCGCCGUUCACCGCAGUCUCGGCGUGCACAUCAGCUUCGUGAGGUCUACAAAUUUAGACUCAUGGAGUCCUGAGCAACUAAAGAUGAUGAGCUUUGGAGGAAACAAUCGUGCACAGGUUUUCUUUAAGCAACAUGGUUGGACUGAUGGUGGCAAAAUAGAGGCUAAGUACACAUCCAGAGCUGCGGACUUGUAUAGGCAACUUCUUUCUAAGGAAGUGGCUAAAAGUAUGGCUGAGGAAGGAGGCUUGCCUUCAUCACCUGUUGCUUCUCAGUCUUCCCAGGGUAUUAAUGGGCUUCAUGAAAUCACUGAAAUCAGGACCAAUGAAGUUCCAAAAGAAAACAUUCUGGAGAAGCCUGAAAAGCCCGAGGCCACCUCUUCACCUAGGGCUUCUCACUCAGUAAUUUCAAGUACUGUCAAGAAACCUAUUGGUGGUAAAAAAGCUGGGAAGAGUGGGGGGCUUGGUGCUCGGAAACUCACUAAAAAGACAAGUGAUUCUAUCUAUGAGCAGAAGCCUGAGGAAACCCCUGCUCCUGUUCCAUCCUCAACAAAUAUGCCUGCUGGACCAUCUCUGACAUCUCGGUUUGAGUAUGUAGAAAAUGUCCAAUCCUCUGAGUUGAAUACUGGAGGUUCAUCCGUGAUGAGUCAUGUGUCUCCACCAAAGUCAUCAAGCUUUUUUGCAGACUUUGGAAUGGAUGGUGGCUUUCCAAAGAAAUCUGGCCCAAUCUCCUCCAAAGUGCAAAUUCAGGAAUCUGAUGAGGCAAGAAGGAAGUUUUCAAAUGCUAAAUCUAUUUCAUCAUCCCAAUUUUUUGGAGAUCAGACCAAAGCUGCAGAUUUGGAUUCUCAAGCUACUUUGUCUAAGUUUUCGGGUUCGACUGCCAUCUCCAGUGCCGAUCUUUUUGGUGACUCAAGAGACAACGCCAUUGAUCUUUCUGCCAGUGAUCUCAUCAAUCGAUUAUCUUUUCAGGCACAACAGGACCUCUCAUCCCUUAAGAACAUUGCAGGAGAGACUGGAAAGAAGAUCAGCACAUUAGCCUCCACAUUGAUGACUGAUCUUCAGGACCGAAUCCUCUAAAGUGUAUGCCUGUGUAUUUAAGAGAAUCUUUGGAGUUUGUUACAUAUGCCACCCAAUUAUGUUUCAAAUGUAAUAGAAGAGUUAAAUACACAAUUCUUUGAGGAAAAUAAGAUACUAUAUUUUCAGGCUUGUCAUAUAGACUGGUUUAUUUUGUAUAACAGGUACUGCAUAGAUGUUCUGCUAAUGUUUUAGAUCUCUGUUUGUGUUGGGUUAGUCGAUACGAGUUUGUUAUGAACUCUUUCAGGUUUCUGUCAUCUUCAAUCAGUGAAACAGUUUUCCUGUCCAUUAUUAACCCGGAUUACCAUUACCUUUACCUUAUGUAUGCACGAGGAGUUUUUAAAUUUCAA